GAACCAAAAACAAAAGUAAAAACUAAGCAAAGCAGUUCUGUUCUGUUCAGUUGGGAUCAGCUUCAGUUUUGCUCUUAAGAUUAUUACUGUUUUUAGAUCUGCCAAAGUCUCCCUUAUAUUCACUCAAUCUCUCAUCAAAAUCUUAUUUUCCAUGUGGGUUUCACUUCAUGGCUCUGCCCAUUCUCUCCAUCCCUUCCAUUUUCACACUCCUGCUUCUUCUCAUUUCAUCCUAUGAAACAGUCUCAGGUACUGGACAAUGAGUUCAUGUAAUGUAUGAAGAAAAUAAACUACCUACUCAACCAGUGUUAAUGAAACUCACAGAGGGUUGAGCUGAGUUCUGGGUUUGGUUGGAUUCUGAGAAUCAAGUUUAGUUUUUGAUAUUGGAAAGUGAAGAAAUUUAAAGAAAAGAUGAUAUCUUCAGGGAUGAAUUUGGUCAUGACAGUGAUAGGAUUCGCUGUGAGUAUUAUGUUUAUAGUGUUUGUUUUUACACGCCUUAUCUGUGCUCGGAUUCAGUUGAACGCAUCUAGACGAUCUUUUCCCAUUGCCUCUCGAUCUGAUUUCAGCUUGCUGGAAAGAGGGUUUCAUGGUCUUGAGCCUGUAACUGUAGCCAACUUUCCGACAAAGAAGUACAGUGAUGAGUUUUUUGCAGCUGCAGAAGAUGCUCAAUGCACAGUUUGCCUCUCAGAAUACCAUUGUGAAGAUACAUUGCGAAUUCUUCCCUAUUGUGGUCACUUCUUCCAUGUUACUUGCAUAGACAUAUGGCUGCAACAACAUUCCACAUGUCCAGUUUGUCGAAUAUCACUGCGUGAGUGUCCUGAGAGAAAGCGCUUGCUGCAGCCCUUGUUUAGUUCAGCUGUUCGAUCUCAUUAUGGCCAUGCUUUCGAUAGACAUUCGUAUAACUUCUUGUUGACUGGACGUGGGUUUUCUUCAAGAUCCCUUGGCAACCACAGGAUGGACCCUGUUCAAGAGGACUCAUUUUCAUCUGAAGGUGAUCGAGCAGAAGCUGGCGACAACAUUUCCACCACAACUGAGGCUCAUCAGACUACAAAAGACUCUGUAAACAAACAAGUCGAAAGUCCAUCAAACCCUUGAAUUUCCAUGGUAAUUCUUGAAUCUAAGCUGCUUCAUUCAGUGAGACUUAUGCUAGAAUCUGAAAAUGGGUCCAGCAAUACCGAUCAAACCGACAUUCAGAUUCCAGAAAACACUAAUUUCCGAUGUGGGGUACUGUAAAUAUUGCAGAAAUUGAUUUUUUUUUUUUUUUUUUCCCUCAUUUUCUUUUCAAUAGUAGCUGGUUUCUGGCAGUUUUGUUUCUAAUUUGUCUUCUCCAAAUACAUGGAUUCUUUGUUGGAUUCACCACAUGAUGCAACUCUUGGUGCUGAUGGGCCUUAUAACUGUGAUUCUCUGUACCUAGUAUCCUGAUUUAGGUAAAUUAUAUAAUAUGCUUUAGAAUCUGAUAAAAGAAAAGGGAGUGCCCAUAUGUUGCCAAAAUUUAUUUA